ACAGCCUCUUGUUUCCCACAAUGCUCUGCGAACAUCACCACCAAGAUGGCGGACGCUAUGGAGGAAUAUGAGAAAGAAGCUGUCUGCGUCCCUAUUCUCCAUGCCGAGGAAAUCAAGCCCCAGAGUAAUUUCAACCACGGCUACAGUGAGAACGUCAGCCGUAAAAACCAUGUGGACGACUACAGCACCUGGGACAUUGUCAAAGCCACACAGUAUGGCAUCUUCGAGCGCUGCAGGGAGCUGGUGGAGGCGGGCUUCGAUGUUCGGCAGCCAGACAAAGAAAACGUAACACUCCUUCACUGGGCCGCCAUCAACAACAGGAUAGAUUUGGUCAAGUACUACAUAUCAAAGGGAGGCAUAGUGGACCAGCUGGGAGGAGACCUCAACUCCACACCUCUGCACUGGGCCACCAGACAAGGCCAUCUAUCCAUGGUGGUGCAGCUCAUGAAGUACGGCGCCGACCCGUCUUUGAUCGACGGCGAGGGCUGCAGCUGCGGGCAUCUGGCCGCGCAGUUCGGCCACACCUCCAUCGUGGCCUACCUCAUCGCCAAAGGACAGGAUGUGGACAUGAUGGAUCAGAACGGCAUGACUCCUCUGAUGUGGGCGGCUUACAGGACACACAGCGUGGAUCCCACCCGGCUGCUACUGACCUUCAACGUCUCUGUCAACCUGGGCGACAAAUAUCACAAGAACACGGCGCUGCACUGGGCCGUGCUGGCCGGCAACACCACCGUCAUCAGCCUGCUGCUGGACGCCAACGCUAACGUCGAUGCACAGAACAUCAAGGGCGAAACACCGCUAGAUCUCGCCAAGCAAAGGAAGAACGUUUGGAUGAUCAAUCACUUACAGGAAGCGCGACAAGCCAAAGGCUACGACAGCCCAUCCUACCUGAAAAGACUGAAGAUGGACAAGGAGUUCAGGCAGAAGGUGAUGCUGGCGACGCCCUUCUUGGUCAUCUGGCUGGUUGGUUUCAUCGCUGACCUGGACAUCGACUCCUGGCUGAUCAAGGGCCUCAUGUACGCCGGCGUCUGGGUCACCGUGCAGUGCCUCUCCAAGGCUUUCUUCGACCACUCCAUGCACAGUGCUCUCCCUCUGGGAAUCUAUCUGGCCACCAAGUUCUGGAUGUACGCCACCUGGUUCUACUGGUUCUGGAACGAUCUCCCCUUUGCCACCGUCCACUUGCCCUUCCUGUUAAACACCAUUGCUCUGUUCUACAACUUUGGCAAGUCCUGGAAGUCCGACCCGGGAAUCAUCAAAGCGACCGAGGAGCAGAAGAAAAAGACAAUUGUGGAGCUGGCAGAGACGGGCAGCCUGGAUCUGAGCAUAUUCUGCAGCACCUGCUUGAUACGGAAGCCCAUCAGGUCCAAACACUGCGCCGUGUGCAACCGCUGCAUCGCCAAGUUCGACCACCACUGUCCCUGGGUGGGGAACUGUGUCGGAAGUGGCAAUCACCGCUACUUCAUGGGUUACCUGUUCUUCCUGCUCUGCAUGAUCUGCUGGAUGAUAUACGGCUGCAUUUGCUACUGGAGGAUCCACUGUGCCACCAGCUACGCCAAGGAUGGUUUCUGGCUCUACCUGACCCAGAUCGCCUCCUGCUCUCCCUGGAUGUUCUGGAUGUUCCUCAACAGCGUCUUCCACUUAAUGUGGGUGGCGGUGCUCAUCAUGUGUCAGCUCUACCAGAUCGCAGCUCUGGGAAUCACCACCAACGAGAGGAUGAACGCUCGGAGAUACAAGCACUUUAAAGUCACAGCCACGUCCAUCGAAAGUCCCUUCAACCACGGCUGCAUCAGAAACCUCAUAGAUUUCUUCGAGAUCCGCUGCUGCGGUCUGAUACGGCCCGUGGCGGUGGACUGGACCACGCAGUACACAAUAGAGUACGACCAGACGUCAGGCUCGGGCUACCAGCUGGUGUAGAGGAGGAAGAAAAGGGGAAGGUAGUGGGGGGGGAGGGGAGGUGUCCAGUGUCUCUUAGAAGGAUUACCCCCCCCGCCCCCCC